UGGUGAAACAUCCCUUGGACGGGAUUCAACAGCACACAUGCGCAAACACGCAUGGCCCCAUGGUAUCUGAAGUCCUUCGCUUCUCCCUCAGCUGUACACCGUGACGACAGCAGGACUACGUCUCCCAGUGUUCCACAUUUUUGUCUUGGAACCUUUCCCAAUGAAUGAUCUCAGUAAAAGACUGCUGCAACUCCUCCAACUGGUUUAACCGAGAAAAGAAGCAGAUGAGUUUAAGAUCAGCAGCAACCAUGAAACAGAAUCUGCUUACUUCAGCUUGAAGAAGCUGAUUAUCUCGCUAUGACAAGCAGGCGCGUUAAAAUAAAACAAUAAUGCAGUACAAAUACAGGAGACACUGGUGAAUUAAAUAUUCCUGAAAGGGUUAGGUAUAGAACUAGAAGUGGUUCUCCCGUCUCGAUCAAGCCAGGAUCAGCCGCAAGAUGUCUGUGGAAGGGCAGGGGUACCCCGACUCGAAAGCGGUGUUGGAAGCCGCACCGGAGUGGUUGAGGACGGAGAUCGAGAGGCUGUCCAGGGAGCUGAGCGAGACGACCCAUGAGAAGAUGCAGGCUGCGGAGUACGGGCUAGCGGUGCUGGAGGAGAAGCAGCAGCUGAAGCAGCAGUACGAUGAGCUGGAGGCAGAGUACGAGACUGCCCGCCGGGAGCUGGAUCAACUGCGAGAGGCCUUCGGACAAGCGUAUUCCAACCACAAAAAGGUUGCUGCGGAUGGAGAGAGCCGGGAGGAGUCCCUGAUCCAGGAGUCCGCGUCCAAGGAAGCCUACUACGAGCAGAAAGUCCUGGAGCUGCAGACAGAACUGAAACAGAUGCGCAACGUCCUCGCCAACGCACAGUCCGAGAACGAUCGGCUCGCCUCCCUAGCACAGGAGAUCAGGGAGAACAACCAGGUUGUGGAGCUGCAGCGGAACCGCCUACGUGAUGACAUCAAGGAGUACAAGUUCCGGGAGGCUCGCUUGCUGCAGGACUACACAGAGCUGGAGGAGGAAAACAUCUCCCUGCAGAAACAAGUGUCUGUCCUUAAACAGAGCCAGGUUGAAUUUGAAGGCCUGAAACAUGAAAUACGGCGACUUGAGGAGGAGACGGAGUUCCUCAACAGCCAGCUGGAGGACGCCAUCCGACUGAAGGAGAUCGCGGAGCGGCAGCUGGGAGAGGCCCUGGAGACCAUUAAGACUGAACGGGAGCAGAAGAACAACCUGCGCAAGGAGCUCUCGCACUACAUGAACAUCAGCGACUCCCUGUACAACAGCCCGCUCAGCAUCUCACUGGACGGGCUGAAGUUCAGCGACGACGCCCUGGAGCCCAACAAUGACGAGGUGCUCAAUGGCUACGAGCACAACUCCUUCAGCAAGAUGAAUGGAGGCAGUGAGAACAACAAGGGGUCCACGCCCAAGAAGAAUGACCUCUACCAGCCGGCCCCCAGCCUCGUCAACGACCUCCUGAGUGAGCUCAACAUCUCAGAGAUCCAGAAACUCAAACAGCAGCUCAUGCAGGUGGAAAGGGAGAAGGUGAACCUGCUGGCCACCCUUCAAGAGUCCCAGAAGCAACUGGAACACGCACGGGGAGCGCUGUCCGAACAGCAAGAGAAAGUGAGCAGGCUCACAGAGAACCUCAUCGCCAUGAAGAAGCUGCAGGCCAGCAAGGAGCGACAGUCAGCCUUGGACAACGAGAAGGAGCGUGACAGCCACGAGGAUGGAGACUACUAUGAGGUGGACAUCAACGGACCCGAGAUCCUGGAGUGCAAGUACAAGGUGGCUGUGGCCGAGAUCGGGGACCUCAAGGAGGAGCUGAAGACCUUGAAGGCCAAGUAUGAGGACUGCCAGUCCAAGUAUGAGGAGGAAAAGAGCCGUCUGGAGAUUGAGGUCCAGGCCUUGACAGAGAAGUUCACCUCCUUGGAGAAGACCAACCGGACCGACCGAGACCAGGUGGUACGGUUAGAGAAGGAGCUCAAGAAGGUGAGCGACGUGGCCGGGGAGACCCAAGGUAGUCUGAGCGUGGCCCAGGAUGAGCUGGUGACGUUCAGCGAAGAGCUGGCCAACCUCUACAACCACGUCUGCAUGUGCAACAAUGAGACGCCCAACAGAGUGAUGCUGGAUUACUACAAGGAAGGCAAGGGUGGGCGUACCAGCCCAGAGGCCAGGGGCCGGAGAUCACCCAUUUUGCUCACAAAAGGCCUUUUCGAAAAUGGGGACAGCCUCCCAUCUCCUGUCUCCUCCCUGCCCUCCCCAGUGUCAGACCAUCGUAAGGAGCCCAUGAACAUCUACAACCUGGUUGCCAUCAUCAGGGAUCAGAUUAAACACCUCCAGACAGCCGUGGACAGGACCACAGAGCUAUCUCGGCAGAGAGUGGCCUCCCACGAAUUGGGGCCAGUGGUGGACAAAGACAAAGAAGCAUUCAUGGGGGAGAUUCUCAAGCUGAAGUCUCUGCUGAGCACGAAGAGAGAGCAAAUAGCGACUCUAAGAACUGUGCUCAAAGCCAACAAACAGACCGCAGAGGUGGCGCUGGCUAACCUGAAGAGUAAAUAUGAGAACGAGAAGGCCAUGGUGACCGAGACCAUGAUGAAGCUGCGCAAUGAGCUGAAGGCACUCAAAGAAGACGCUGCUACUUUCUCUUCUCUCAGAGCCAUGUUCGCUACCCGGUGUGAUGAGUAUGUGGUCCAGCUGGAUGAGAUGCAGCGACAGCUGGCCGCCGCGGAGGAUGAGAAGAAGACCCUGAACUCACUGCUCCGCAUGGCCAUCCAGCAGAAACUGGCCCUGACCCAGCGGCUCGAAGACCUCGAGUUUGAUCACGAGCAGACCCGACGGGGGGGGCGCAGCAAAACCUCGUCCCGGAGCAAGACCGCCUCAGCCAACCCCCACGUAAGUCACGGGCGCUCCUGCGCAGACCGGCCAGAGGGCUCGCUCCUCACUAACCCAGUCUUCUGCAGUGAGAAGUAUAAAAUUUACUGCGACUAGGGAGGAGGCGGUCCCUCGAAGCUCGUGCGAGGAACUGUACAGCCGUGACAUGCAUCCGUCCUACGUAGAUAUAAAGCCCCGCUUGCUUGGCAUUGCAAUGACUUGUGUUGGUUUGCUGUUGAAAUAGUUGGAUUCCAAUGGUGUUAACUCCUGCUAGUUCAAUAUGUAUGGGAAUGCUGUUAGGCAGGUAACGUGUAAGGCAUGAAAAUAGCUCUUUCCAGGUAAAUUUCUUUUGCAUUGGGUUUGCUAUUGAAUCGUUCUUAGUAAUGUUUGUGAGGGUAGCGGCUUUAAUCUAAAUGUGACAUUGCAUAUCUAAUAGUGUGGGGCUACAACUUUGGUGUGUGGGUGUUAGUACAAUGUUUACUGAUAUGUCCCUUCAUCCCUUUAGCUUGCUACUAACACUGCUGGCCGUGGGCUGAACUGCGCAAACGUGAUGUCUGCUCCAGGGCUGUAACAAAGCUUAAAGGUGUUAGACAAAAUGAAACCGUGUCAGCAGUUCCAUUGGCUUGCUACAUAUUCAAGUUGAACUGCAUUUUUUCUUAACCCAAGAUGUAUCAGAUUCAAUUAUCCCCUUCAUACAAACAGCAGUCUGCCAUCUGGUACAAGUCAUACUGAUAUUAUCAGGCACGCAGAAUGAUGAAAGUCAACUAAAUCAAUGAUGCUCCCAGAGCAUUCUAGGCUUUUUAUGAUGGUUUUCUAGCCUGGGUACAUUAAUCCACAUUUAAAAGACUUAACCGUAGUGUAUGCAAAGAAAUCAGCCUUCUAGGGAGAUCAUAGCCUCUGAUUUGUAUAGGCUGUUUUUUAUGACGCUUAUAUUUGGUCCUGUCACAAGCCUGGUUAAUUUUAUGAAGUACUGCAGGGAAUUCCAUCAAAAUGAGCGAUUUCCUCAAAAUCUAUGAAUAAUCAGAUAGGGUUAUGAUGACAUACCCCUUUGAGCUGUCAAUACAGUCUGCAUGUUAAUGGGUUAAGAAAAAGCAGGAUAACAUUAGCUGAUUUCUUUUUUCAACCUAGAGCAAAGCCAGAGAAGUUUGACUGUUUUGUCUCAGAAGCUUCCCCAGCUUUUCCAUUUUGUUACAGCCCUGCCCAGCUUCAGUUUGCAUGUCCCAUUCGGGCUGGGUUCUGUCUGACAAUGCUGCACGUGUUUACACUAGAGAAAUAUGCAAAUUCAUCCCGACACAGGGGAAAAAAAACAGAUUAGAUAACUUUGUAACAAAAUUGCCGUGAAGCUGAUUACAAUUUUUUAUAUACAGCAUAUAAUAUGUUUUAUGAUAACAUUUGUAAUUGGUCGAAUAAGGUGUUUCUUAGAAUUUCUGAUUGGGGGAAAUAAUUGAUAAGGGGGAUAAGGGUGUCUUUAUCUACUAAUGUAUAUCUGUACCUGUUAAUCCGAUAUCGUUAUACUCUAGUAUUGUCAGAAUCACAGUGCAUUGCUUUCAGUAUUACGGUUAACGUUGCUGUUGCUUCUCAGCUAAUAUUAACGUUUUUUUACUUGUACAAGCACAGAUACCACGGGGCUCUACGUUACGAUAAGAAACGUUACGAUAAGAAAUACGGUUUUGUACCCACAAUUUUGAAAGGCUUUAUCCAUGACUUGAUUCGACAUGGGGCCUUUUUUUGUAACAGCCAUUAAGUCUCAAUCAAUAUCAAAGUUACAAAAAGUGUACUUUUAAAAAUGGGUGCCUGUACCUUUUCAACUAUUAAAGAUUAUUAUUCGAUCCAAAAACUGUGAACAGAUAACAUUUAGUUUUGAAUUGAUAUUGAGAGUUUUUCUUAUCUGCAAGAGCACAAAAAAGGCACAUUAUUUUGGGUAAGAUGCCGACAUUUGGAAGUGCCUGUUAAUCAAGUCAUUUAUUUCAAUGUAAAGCCCUGUACCAUUUUGUCUGUAUGACAGCUAACACUGUCUCUGUCUCUCGCUUCUCUCAAAGCAGUGUGAGCUUCUGUCUUCUCUAACGAAAGCUGUGGGUAGCUAAACUCUUAAGCUAUGUCCAAUGCUGUAUGUUGCUUCAUCUGACUAGUAUAUCUUUUAGAUUGUCAGCAGCUUGCUUCCUCUGCAGCGCCGCUCUGCCUUUAAGUAGAAAGGCGUUAUCCCAUUGUUAAUGUCAGGUAAUGAUCAAGUAUGUAUAAGCUGCUCCUAGCCAAGGAGAACCCAGCGCGCUUUGCUGACUAACCAGUUUUACAAAAGUCCUUUGAAAAAUCUCCUUUAGUAUAUACUGUGAGUUAUAGAAGUGACAAACUUAUUUAAAAAGGACGAAAUCUUAAAAUUAUUAGUUCGAAUCACAGUCAACUUCUACAGUAAAGUCCAAAUUUGUAGGAGGUUUUUUCAAAUCGCUGUUUUUAUAUGCUGACAGCUUUUGGCUUGCUAACUAGUCAGUUGAAGCAAAUUUAGGUGUGUUCAGUUCAUUUGUUAGCACUUGUGGAUCAUCAUCACUUGAAUGUUAGCUUUAAUAUUACUGAUAAAAGCAGGGUUGAAGUGUAAAGACUUAAAGACAAAGAUGUAUUUGUUUCAUUUUAAUAAAUCCAAUCAGGUUUUGUCUUUAAGGAAAACACCAAGAAUAAUAAUUCCCCAAAGAGAUGGGAAGAAACAAAAACGAUUUUAAUGUUCAACCCUGCUUUCCUUGUAUGCUGCAUAAUCCUCAAAGGCCUUUAUUAUCUUCUUGUGGUAAAUGUCUGCCACUACUUCUGCUUACAAAGAAAAAAAAAUCAGGCAUUUACAAUUCUAAUCAUUUCUGCUCCAUUUAGAAGCAGAUACGUGUUUUGCUUCCACUGUGUCAGGAAGCUUUAAAAAAAAAAAUACAUUUACUGAUGGCUUCCCUGGAGCAUCAUUUCAGUGAAUAAGCUGUCACUCACAAUCUACAGCAAAUACUAAUAAAAUGAUGUGGGGAAACUGUUACUUAGAGAUAAUAUUGUUCAGGGUGUUUAGAGAUUUAAAAGCUUUGUUUUAUGUCCAGUGUUCUCGAAUGGCUAAAACUACCAUAGGCAUUGAUAGAAACUAGUUAACGUGCCACAUUGCAGAAUGGAAUAUUGAAUAGAUUCCUCAUUAAAAGAACUGCUACAGUUCAUAAUAAGGCCCUGUAUUGACAGUCAAAAAUGUGGUAUAGGUUUGAAUCAAUGCCUAUGAGCAGGACACAGCAUGUGAACUUAUUAAACCUUUGCCUACCUCUGCUUGCAGGCUCUUUUCCAGCUGUUUUUUGAUGUUUUUUUUUUCAAUGAUAUAAUAGCAGCCUGCAUGCAAAAAUGACCUGCAUGGCAAUGGAGAGCCUACCAACUCCAACACUCCAGUCCUUUUUGUAUACCCUGUUCUCUCUUGUGCAUGAGCGGCGUAGAGAUUCAUUACUUGUGAGGUUUCUGCUUCCUGCAAACAGCUACUUACUGACUUGAUAACCUUCGUAAAUAACAUUCAGUUUGAUGCUUGGCGCUUGCACAAACAGAAUUGUGAAUAGAAAGCCCUGAUGAUGGAUGUUCCAGCCUUGGAAACUAACCGGUGUCUGCACUUAUAUAUUCGACUAACCUGGCUCCCGAAACCUGCUGUGCAUUCCCCGUUAUCUGAUUACUUCAAAGUUACAGGUUUUGUUUUGCUAAUUUUCAUUUUUUGUUUUUUCAUUUUUCCAGUGAUAGAGUAGAUCCCGGAGUUGGACUUUUCCCGACAGUUGUACUGCAAACUCCAGUUUCUUAAGCCACCACAAAAUAGCCAUUUGCACAAUUGAUAGAGAUAGUGGAAACCACUUGCAAUUUUGACUACACUUAAAAACUGAAACUAUCCUGUUACAGGCCUACAUAAAGUAUGGAACUCUUUCACAGUUUGUGAGCAGAACAUAGCUUUACCAUUUGAAUGCUGCUGCAGGAACACAAAACUCACAAGUACUGGUGAAAUUCAAUUUUGGUUUUGGGGGGUGGGGGUCAAAUAUGUUAUAAUUUACUUCAAAGACAAGGGGUCAUUUUCUUAACAUGUUUUAUUGCAAUUAUUCAGUGUUUUGUUUCUUAAACAUUGUUACCUGUGCACUUUUGAUAUAUUUACUAUGGCUUCUUUUUUAUAUGAGUUCUUUACUUAGGAAAGGUAUAUAGUGCUGUGGUUUGUGACUCAGUUAUUAUUAUUAUUUGUAUUAUUCUUUUUAAAGAUUAAUAUUACUGUUUGUUUUAUUUUGUUAAUUGUUCUCUGUAUCAGCAUGUUACUGAGUUAAUUUUUUUAAUGUUUUUAGAAUCGAGUUGCAACACAAACCAGAGUUCUAUCUGCUGUACUGCAGUGAAAUUAUCCAUUUAGAAUAUUAAUAAGCUUUAUGUUUGUUUUUUUUUAUUAUUAUUGUUAUUAUUAUUUACUGAUGUUAAACUGCCAUGUUCGAAACAAAAUCCAGGGUGAGCAAAUUCUGGGAUUUUUCAUAUAUUAUUCUUAGGAAUAGUUCAAUGUAACAAGGAGAAAACUUGACGUGGUUCUGGUUUAAAUGGUAAUAGGCACUUGAAAACCAUGAAUAAAAUAAUUAGUAUUACCUACGUGACUCCAGGAUAUCUGGAUUCAAAUGAAAGCAGUUUCACUGAUGAACAGAAUUGUUUUACAAGUGCACCAAAUAAAUUCCAAAUUGGAAUUGUUUCAUUCUCUCUUUGUUUAUUGUGCCAAAUCUUGGUACAUUUAGAUAUUUAAAAAGAAACAAGAUAAGGAAAUGUCAUAGAGGACCCGGUGUUUUCUGGGGUGUGCUGUUUCAACGCCUUGUUUUUAUUUUGUUGUUCAUUCUUGCCAGUAGUGCCUUUAAUAAUUUCGAGGGAGAAUCCUAGACUAGUUUAAUUUUCAAAGGCAAGGAAGCUGCCUUACUGAAUCUUGGUUUAAAAUGAAUUUGAGAAGCAAUAAGUGCAAAGAGAACUCUCCUUUGCAUUGAUAGAAUUGUUGUAGUCUUAAAAUUUUUUUUAAAUAAAAUUGUAGGAAAUUCUGUUGGUCAGUGAUCCUGUAAAGAUGCAGAACCGUGCAAAUUCAGGGGUAUCAUGAAAAAGUUUAAAAAAAAAAAAAAAAAACACUUUGAGAACCAAAUCUAAUGACUUUGGACUCCUAACGAACAAAAUGAUUCAAUUCUAUUAACACGUUUGUGGUUGCAGGAGAGAGUACUAUCUGUAAUAUUAACGUAUCUAUAGCUUUGUAUGGUGACGGUCACGUGAUAUCUAUAGUAUUGUUGGCAAAUGUGAAAGUUCUUUUAUUUCCUUUUUUCUUUUUGUUUUUGAUUUUACAUCCUACUUAACCAUUGUAAUUUCAGUAAACAGAAAACAGAUUUUUGCAUCAACAAGCGCGUCGCGCCAUUAUAUUGGUGCUGUUUGUUGAGGCGUUAAAACGUCAAGUUAUUGACAUGGUUUGAAAGGUUUUGUUUUAAAUUAAGUGCAAUUCAAAUGCUGUUAUUUAAGUACAUUAAAGAAAAGUUUUCUGUUUGCUGGAAAAUAUAACAUCGUGAUUACUAGACGUGCAGACUUUAUAUUGUCAUUUUCGAUUACAGUAUUGAUCCAUAUGAGAAUUUGAUACCUUUAUAUAAACAAUGGCUUCGUCUGUACGUUGGUAUUUAUUUGAAAUGAUGUCAUACAGUACUGUAUUACUUUUAUGUGCAUUACCAUUAGUGGCAAAUCGGACUCAACUUAAUGUCAUAUGCAUGUACUCCAGCCAAGGAACCUUUACACAGAUCUGAAAACUACGAUGUAUUCAUUGAAAUGUUGAGGGGAAAAACAAACAAACGUAAACUCAACAAAGUUUAAAAAGAAUAACUUUAGGCUUUAAUGUGUUACUUCCAAACUAAUCCAGAAAUGUGUUUUGUUUUUUUCUAGAAAAAACUGUCUGUGUAAAGGUAGUCAUAUUGGCUAUAUCAAUAAAUGUGACUAAAAAGUAA